CAGUCAUUAAGCCGCUUCAGCUGUAAGGAAGAUGUCCUGAUGGUAGAGAACCGCACGAAGCCAAACAAGCGAAUACAUCACGGGAAACACAAAGGAUUUUUUUUUUGGGUACGUACCUUGUGUGGAGAAGUUAAUGACCUCGGCUGGAAUCUAUGGGAGGGGCUCCCUGAUGCAGAGGCAGCUAACGGAUUGCUGGAAAGUUUUUCACACGCAGAACCGGGACGUUUGGAAUAUUUUGAUUUGAUCCCACCGGCUUAAUCCGAGCUGCAGCUUGAUCGUUUUCUGUGAUUUGACUUCUAAAUUCGACUUCUGAAUGAAAGUGUUGAGUUUGCUUUGCUACAGAUCUUAUUGUCACUCAGGCAGAUGUGACCUUGAGGAAAAAAAAUACUUUCCAAAUAAACGUGUUGUGGCCUUUUUCAUUUUUCUUCCUCACAUUCUGGAAAAUCUGACUUGAGAAGAUCUGGGCAAUUUUCACCGGGAGGCUCUCUCACCAUGGAGCAUUCGCCCUCUAUGAACUUGACAGUGGUCGAUGGAGAUGAUGUGGAGGACCAGCGGCCCCUCCUCCCGCCGAGGAUGGCUCUCCCACCUCAGACCUGCCCUCCCCAGUGCGGGAUACACCGCAUGGGCCAAGCGUCAGCUGAUCACACCGUGUGGCUGGACAGAACCCAGGCCAUGGCCACCACACCUUUAUACAACGGCCACCUCUAUGUCACACCUUCGCCCCGCUCCAACAGGAGGGGCGACAAAGAGAAGAGGUGUGAGAAGAGGCCCGGGGGGAGGGGACAAAAUCCGCCACACAAGGAGUGUAAUCACAGGUGCAAAGACAAAAACGCAGCAGCUCUCAAAGCCCAGGAGAAGGUCACCUCCUUCACUGACGUCCUUACGCCCCCCCGCCGGGGACCCUGCAAGGGCCCCUGCAGGUCACACAUAGGCAUCAAGGAUGGUGAGGUCAGGGGGCGCCGCAAGUCAGGCAGCGUUUCUUUGGAGAUGCACGACCAGCAGAGUCUACCAGAGAUCAUCAUCACCAGCAAAGAGGACGACUUCCAGCCACAAAACGAGACGUUCCAGCAUCGCCAGGACCCGGCGGAGGCCCAGGGCCUUCUGCCAGGAGCGGAGUGCCCCGGCCCGAACCCCGACACCGACUCUCAGAGCAGCCCGAAACACAAGGAGGACAACAAAGCGGACUCGUAUUGGAAGACCCACAACAUCGGCUGGCGGCUGGUCCACAGGAGGGCUCUGUUCCUGAGGAGGCAGCGGCUGAAUGACUGCGCCUUGGCAGUGGGGAUAUUCGGGAUGCUGUUGAUGGUGAUGGAGACGGAGCUCUCCUGGAGCGUCUACAGCAAGAGCUCUGUGUACUCCCUCGCACUCAAGUCCAUCAUCAGCUUGUCCACCAUCAUCCUGCUGGGCCUCAUCAUAGCGUACCACUGCUGUGAGAUCCAGCUCUAUGUUCACGACAUUGGUGCAGAGGAUUGGCGGAUCGCCAUGACAACCGAUCGCUUGGCCCUGGUGUGCCUGGAGCUGGCAACGGCGGCCAUUCAUCCGUAUCCAGUGGGUCUGAUGGCCUACUUCCAGGAGACCUUCCAACACUCUGCGAAUCGCCUGAUGCUGUCGGAAACGGAGCUGGAGAUCGUCCUGGCCCUGCCCAUGUUCCUCAGGCUCUACCUGCUGGGCCGCGCCAUGAUACUGCACAGCCGCCUCUUAACCGACACCGCGUCUCGUAGCAUUGGAGCGCUCAACAAGAUACGAUUCAACACCCGGUUUGUGGGAAAAACGCUAAUGACCACCUACCCCGGGACUGUGCUGAUGAUUUUCAGUGUGUCUCUGUGGAUUGUGGCAGCGUGGGGUUUACAUGUUUGUGAAAGACACCACAACUACAGGGACCUGAGCAGCAACUACAUGGAGGCCUUGUGGAUGGUCUCUGUCACCUUCCUGUCCAUCGGUUACGGAGAUGUGGUGCCUCACACCUACUGUGGUCGAAGCAUCUGUCUCCUCACGGGCAUAAUGGGAGCUGGCUGCACCGUCCUGGUGGUGGCCGUGGUUGCCAGGAAACUGGAGUUGUCCAGAGCUGAGAAACAUGUUCACAACUUUAUGAUGGACUCACACAUCUCCAAGCGGAUCAAAAUUGCUGCGGCAAAUGUGGUGAGAGAGACUUGGCUUAUCUACAAACACACUAAGCUGUCCAGAGAGAGAGACCACAGCAGAGUCCGCAUGCAUCAACGGAAGCUGCUCCUGGCCAUCCACCAACUGCGCCAGGUGAAGAUAGAGAAGAGAAUACUGGCAGACCAAGGGAACUCGCUUGUGGACUUAUGCAAGGUGAGAGAGGCAAGUGAAUGCAUCAUUUUAAACCUCCAAACGGAAAAAAAACGCACAAAAAAAGUAGCAACUAAUAUUUCUCCUCCCAACAUGGACCUUCAUACGCCAUUGUGGACAACAAUGCAGAUGCAAAACCAGAUGUCUGACGUGCUGUCAGAGGUGCAGGGCUGCAGGGGGGAGCUGGACACACACAUCCACAGCCUGGAGAAGCACGUGGAGGAGUUGAGAGAGGGCUUCAGGAGCCUGAUGCCGCUCCUGUCCAACACCUUGUCCACGCAGAACUCCUCCAUCCGCCACCUGCUGAGGGAGAGGGAGUCAAAGACGGAGAGCGCUGGUGCGACCGUAGACAGGUAGAAAGAGGCUUUGGAAGAAAUAAAGGCUUUUCAAUUGCUCCUUGGGGAGUUAUCUGCCUUUUAUACAGCGAUAAGACGAGGCCGGGACGUUACAUGUUCCUAGCAGACUGAAGGCUGUACAGGUGUGUGUCAGUUGUAUCAAAUCCGGGUAGAACCAAUUUCUGUAGCAGAAAAACCAUAAAACCAAACUGUAGAAAUCGUCGUAAUUACCUUCUUAUGAAGGCCUUUAAAAUAUUUGCAGGACUGACAGAAAAAAGGAAAACACUGCGAUAGUAAGAUAAUAACUUGCCACGAAAUGUGACUAAUUAAUUUUAUAAGGAUAAAUUGGAUUUGCUAUUUUUCUUGGUCGUAUAUGUUAGCAAAUGGAUUAUGGACUGUUAAAAUAACUUUUUUUCACUGUUUUGUGAUGUUUUAUUGACAAACCGUCACAGCCCUAAUCGAUACAUGAACUAUUACUUCAACGUUAGUGAGUAUUAACACCUGUAAAGUCUGCACUUUCCUUUCAUCAUGUAGUUAAAAUACAAUACAUUGAAGUAUGGUUUGGUGUGGAAAUAUUCAAAUGUAAUCUGACAGAAUUAUAAAGUUAAUCAGUAGUUCUUUCUAAUAAACAUUGUAAAAUGACUGCCGUUGCAUUAAAUGUCUCAGACAGUAGAGAAAUUCCUUCCUUCAAACAGGGAACGUAACAAACCAACACUUUAGCCUUAACAAACUACGAGUUGCAGAUGGGAGGGUUUAUUCAAAGCAAAUAGAAAUGUGUGGACAUGAACAGUGGAAAUACAACUGCCGUUCAGUUGGUUGUAGGGUUUUACUCAAGAUCAAACUGUUGGGAGGAAGACAGCACUAAAACCCAGAAACCUCAAUGGAGAGAAGAGGACACACUACUGUUGCUCAAGUAGUAUUGGAAGUCAUUAUAUGGCAUAAAUAUGAUUGUUAAAAGUCCUAUGGUAUUUC